AUGGCAUUCACCAAGGUCACCCUGCCCCUCCCAACCGAGGUCUGCGAGGUGGUUUACGAACGGCUCUUCUCGUCGUUGGAACCGACCUUGACCCUGGGCAUAGUCAGCCCAAUAUACCCCCGGGACAACUCUGCCCUCGCACUGCUGGGCGUCUCAAGACGAACGCGCCAACAGUCCGCCUACCACCUCCUCCGGCACUUGAGGCUCUCGGUAGACUCCAGAAGCCUCCACUACUACCUGUCCAAGCCGAGAAGCGUCCCACUGCCGAUCUGGGAUGUCCGGCAACUCACCAUCCGCAUGGGAGCGGCCAAAUCUUUCUCCUGCCCAGCCACGGUAUUCAGGAAAUUCCCUAACCUGAAGAAGCUCACCAUCAACCUGGAGCUGUCGACAUUGGCCACGACACUGUGCCAAUCCGACCGGCCAGCUGACCGCGGUCUGUUUCACCACAUGCUUGUGAUAGCAAUCAAGCAACUGAAACGGACCUAUACCAACACUUCGGAUCUGGUUCCCGCCUUUGCAGCCAUGGCAGAGGCCAAGAAAGUCGAGUUGGAACUGGUCUUUAGCGGGGCCAAUCUGCCGACAAUCACGACCGACGUCGUCCUGGAAAAGGUCCGUCUCAGUGACGGCAAGGGUGUUCACGACCAGGACCUAAGCGGCGCCAACGAUGGCUGGUGGGACAGGCAUUUCGAGCGUUGCGUUGGCGCUCUCGCCCAGGCUAAGGCGCAAGCCGAGGAAAAUUUGGAGUCAAUGGUCAAUCUACGUGCCACGCCCGAGUAUGCUCCGUUGGCGCUGUUCGGAGACGACGUUGCUGUUGGUGGCGAGAAGCCCAGCAUGACCUUGUCCUUGAGGCCAGCCACGAACAGCAGUCGGUGGAUUCGGGUGGGCGAAGACAGGAAUGGCCCACCUCACUGGUGGUGA